AUGAAGGAUACACUAGGGCUAGAAAGAACCCCUAAACGUGAAAGUUCAAAAAGGCUGUCUUUUGGACAAGAAAAUGAAGAAAGUCCGAAGUCGCCCCAAACUCCGUCACCACCUACAAAUUAUAACCGCAGUGGUGGCCACUCCAAUAGAAGAACAUCUGUGUCGCAUGGGUUUCUGGCGUCACCUUUACCAGGGAGCACAGCAACGGCGAGGCCAUCGUAUAAAACGGAUUUCGUGGUUCCAGAAUCGCCGGGCGUGAAAACGCGGCUUUUGCCUCCAACAACGCCCAAAUCGAGAAACCAAGAGGUUUUCUUGUCUCCUUCGCCCAAACUCAAAUCGCCAGGUAUUCAAAAGGACACGGAAAGGCCCAUUCGCGAGCUCUCCAACAAUCUGAAAACCAGGCUCAACUAUGCAUUUGUCAAGCUUCAAAACGGUUGGACCGACAAAACACUGCCUCAACUGGAGUCUGUGGUAAGCGAUGCACCUACCAAGACUUUUGAAGUGCCUAAGCUGGGCACCACAGCGUACAGCAAUCGAUUUUUGGAAGAAGAAGACUCAGGAAACAACUCCGCCCAUGCUGCCUUGAUGAACGCGUUGGGGAGCCCGAGGAAGAAACAAAGGUCAGGCUCGUCUUCUUCAAGUGGUCUGGUCACAAGUCCUAGAAGAGGACAACGGCCACCUCCUAUCAUCACGGAACCCGCUGUUGAAGACUCUGAAAAGAAGUCUAAAGACGCGCCCUCGGAAGUCGAGGCCAUUGAAACUCUCAUGUCUUUAUCCUCUCCUAAAAAGGCCUCUAAACAUUCAAGCCAAGACUUCACGCUCCCGCCUCCACCGAUACCAGCUUCGCGAAAUCAACAGCCGGCUUCGCAGCAGGAUCCUACCAUCGUGGGCAUGUCAUCACGAUCAUCCUCCUCGGGGGCGUCCAUACCCAACACGUUGGCCGAACCUUUCAUUUUAAAAGGAAACAGUGGUGCCAACACACAGGUCCUGCUUGACGUCGAGACUGACGUUGAAGAAAGUAACGGGGAUUGA